CGGAUGUUCAUUCAUCACUAGUUUCGAUGAAUUUUUUAUAUAGACAACCACACGGAAUUGUUGCUUAAAUUUGCUUUAAAUUAACACAAAUUGCUACGUCUAAGCACAAUACAUAAAGGCAAAACACAAAUAUUUUUAUUAAAAUGGCCGACGACUGGGAAUCCGCCGCCGAAAGUGAAAUUGUCAUACGUCCGAAUGCAGCCAACAAUAUAAACAAAUGGGAGGGCGAGGACGACGACGAGGAUGUUAAGGAAAGCUGGGAGGAUGAGGAGGAGAAGAAAGAUGAGGAGAAGCCCACGAAAACAGAAGCGCCAGUUAAAACUAAACCCAACAAGGCGCUGAAAGCGAAAUUGGAGGAACAAGAGCGCCUAAUCGAGGAGGAGGAACAGAAACGUCUGGCCAACCUGACAGCCGAGGAGAAAUUAGCGGAAAAGCUGCGUUUGCAAAAAAUUCAAGAGGAAUCCGAUCUAAAGAGUGCCCUAGACACAUUCGGUGUGACGAGUAUAGGCGAAGGUCUCGACGCCUUCAAUCCGGAGAGUAAAGAGGAGUUCAAGGAAUUCGGUGCCACACUUAGCUGGAAGGUAGCACAGUACAGGGAAUCCAUACAUUUUCCAGAAUUCAUAGAGGAUCUGGUGCGCACUUUAUGCGUAAACUUGAGCGCCGCUGACAUUAAGAAGGUCAAAAUGAGCGUGGAGAGCUUACACUCGGAAAAACAGAAAAUGGAAAAAGCAAAUGCCAAGAAGUCAGCUGCCAAGGCCAAGGGAAAAGUUUCGUUGCGUAAAGAAAGCGAUGAUAUUGAUGACUAUCAAAAGUAUGGAAAUGAUUUUACCGAUGAUUACGAUGACUUCAUGUGAAUAAUAGGAUCAAUAGAUAAACGCAUAUAACUAAUUAUUGAAUAUAUAUAUAUAUAUAGUUGCUUGUUGAUGUCGAAGAGAGUUCUUCUUGUUAAAGAAAAUUGCGCUGGAAUUUAAAUCCUUUUUUGUUGAUUUUGAGAAUGCUGUUCGAAGGCGCCAUAUUAAUAUACAUAUAUGUACAUUUAACUAUAAGCAUAUAUAUAUAUUUGUAUGACAGCACAGACACACCAUUAUACAUACAGACAUAAAUGCAUGUAAAAAUUAUAUAUAUACAUAUAUAUUUAAUAGAAUAACUAAAGUCAAGUCAAGCAAGCAAUCAAGAAACCUCAACGAACAUUUUUCAGAUUAUAAAAAAAAAACACAAUAAAUUAGGUACAUGAAUGGCUUCUUGUAAAUUCACUUUUGUAUAAUAUUAUAAAGCGAUAUUAAAUUGUAAAACAAGCUCAA